AUGAUUCUUACUGGUUUCCUCUUUCUGCUCUUUCUCACAGACGGGGCGUUUCCUGAGCGUAACUGCAGUUAUCAGGAGGUGUUAAACCACCUGAAUCUGACCAAAAACAACGAGAUGUACUCCAUGACCCGGCCCGUUAAAAACUACAAACGCAGCACACGGGUCUCCCUGGAGGUUCUGCUCUACGCCAUUCUGGACGUGGUUGAAAAAGACCAGAAGUUUAUUCCUUACGUUUGGACCGUCAUGAGGUGGCACAAUGAAUACAUUUCCUGGGAUCCAAAUCAGUUUUGUGGAAUUGAUAAUGUUUCUCUUCCAAUGGAAGUUUUGUGGAAGCCAGAUCUCACGAUUGAAGAAAUGACUGAGAAGGACAAAGCUCCUCCGAGUCCUUAUCUCACUAUCAACAGUAAAGGUGAUGUUGAAAUCCAGAACGACCAGGUGCUGGUCAGCACCUGCAGGAUGCACAUUUACAAAUUCCCCUUUGACAUUCAGAGCUGCAACCUCUCCUUCAAGUCCGUCAUACACACUGCAAGGGACAUUCGGCUGCAGCCAAGUGACAACUCUUCAGAGGCCACUGAGUGGUCUCGUGAGGUGAUGCGGACCCAGUACGAAUGGCUGUUCAUCAACAUGACAGUGACCACCAACAACGCUAGCGAUAUGGUCGGCCAAGACAUCGUCGUUUACACUAUCACCAUGAAGAGGCGAUCUCUUCUCUACAUUGUCAACUUCUUGGUGCCCGUCUUAUUUUUCUUGUGUCUGGACUUGGCCUCCUUCCUGAUCUCAGACAGCGGAGGGGAAAAGCUCAGCUUCAAGGUCACUGUGCUGCUUGCUGUCACUGUGUUACAACUUAUUCUGAAUGAAAUUCUGCCAUCUUCGUCAAACAGGAUUCCUCUCAUAGCGCUCUACUGCAUUGGGAUUUUUGCUCUGAUGCUGCUGAGCCUCCUGGAGACAAUCGUGGUGAUGCAUCUGAUGAAGAAAGACUCUGCAUCCCAAGAAAACGAGGCAGAUAACGACCAAAGCCGGAGUGACGCCCGUAACAAUCAAAGCAAAACCAACUUCCACAACUGUCACGGAGAAGUUCACAAAUGGACUGAAUGUGAGUGUAUCUAUGAUGUGUCUACUGGUGAAACUCAAUCUGAGCUGCUGCCUGUGGCCAAAGAGGGCAACAGCAGCAAAAUGAUAGAGGAGUACCAUGCCUUGGAGAAGCUUUCAGAUGAGCUGCGGGAGAUGGAGAAAACACUGUCCCUGUUCCUCAUCAACAGGAGGGAAGAGGAGAAGCCCGGCUACUGGACCAGAGUGGCUAAAAAAGUCAACAGAGCUUUCUUUUUUUUCUAUAUAACAGUGGUCAGUCUGUUUUUAAUUAUUAUCUUUUUAAAAUGGAACAAUGCAUAGAGGUGAUCAUUGCUAUAUACUGAAAACAUGAUUGAGGGAUAGUUCACUUUAUUAGCCUUACCCACUGCUAAUUUAUGCCACUUUAAUUUCCUUCUUUCCUCAUGUCAUUUCUGAUAUUAUUACAUAUCUGGUUUGCACUGGUAUGUACUGUGGUUGUGGCUAGAAAAGACCUGUGUUGCGUACAUAUGACUUCACGUUCUUGUCGUAAUCAAAGAGACUCGGAUUCGCUCUGGAUCACUCAGGAUCGGUUUACUGUUUUUUUCCGACCUGCUUUAAAUGUAUCCAGAGACUGUUAAGUGGUUGUAGAGUAUAUUUGGAUGAAUUCAUCAAACCAAAAGUCAAGCAAGAAUUAGCUAGCUAGCACAUCCCAAGCUCAUUUUACCUCACUCCUCGCUGCUAGCAGACCACUUCGCUGGUAAGAGAGCGACUCUUGUCCCAACAAACUAAUGCCUUUCUGCCAGCGGUGUGGAUGACCCGGUAUAUGCAGCGCUGAUGCUGGCCAUCAGCCCACUGUUGGGCUUAUGACAAUAUGAUGGAAUUAAUGGUCCAGCAUAGCUAAUAAGUUAAACUAAAAUGUAACUGCUUCAUCCAUGCACUCCUGUCACUGCGUCAGAAAGCAUGGAAAUAUCGCCAGAUGAGUGACAACUUUGUUUGGCUCAUUUUCUGUGUAGCAUGGUAAAAUUAGCGAGCUAACUUACAAACCAGCAAGCAGCUAAUUGGUCAAAACAGCCUAAAAUCUAACAACUUAAUGCUUCACAGGAACAAUAUGUCAUAUUACACAAGACUGAUAUUUAUACACCAAUAUAACUAUCCAUUGCAAAGCUGCCUGCUGAACGUAAACAACACAAAAUUGUACUCUCCUGAGAUUUUUACACAAGACAGAUCCUCUCUUGGCAAAACCAUGUAAACCAGGCUCUCCUCUCCACUCAGCUUUUGUCAUUGCAGGCAAUGUGUUUGAAGGUGGUAACAGCAAACAAGUUUAACCACCACAUGUCCCAGACGCUCAAAUCGAACAUGUAUUGACCACAGGGGGCAACAAACACACCUUUAUGACCCUGUUACACCAGAAAGUGGUACAUCCAUACAUUGUUUGCAAAGUAUUUGACCCUUGUAUGAACGGCUUGUAGACGUAGCAGCUAUUUGGUGAACUGCUGUAAUUGCUGAGCUAAAAGCUAACAAGCUGGUCAGUAGCAGUGUUUCCAUUCAAUUGUAAAGCAAAUUCCAGGUGAACUUUUUGAAAUGUCUGAAAAAAUAUAUUCAAAUCAAGCAGUGUUUCCAUCAACUACUUUGGAGUGAAUGAACUAAGCUAAAAUAAAGUUUUCAGACGUUUGCUCUAGAGGCUUUAAAAUGCCAGUAAACAGAGUAGAAGAAGUAGAGUUCCUAAACUAGAAAAAAACAUGACCAUCUAACUCAUCUACUAUCGAGAAAAUAGAGAAAUAUCUUCAGGAAUUUGGUUACAUUUGACAAGUUUUAUGUUCUAGUAGUUCUUUCAUGUCAGCAAGAUGUGUCCAUGUUUCAUGGUGUUCAGGCACAAAGACAAAAUUAAUACAACAUCCAGGAAGAAGCUGACAGCAGAAAAAACUGGUAAGUCAUGUGAGGUAAAAGUUCUCUAUAUCCCAGUAAGCACAACUCAAGCCAAUGUAAGUUUCUAAAAAAAUUUUGUGCAAUUUACAUUUUUCUUGCCAUUUUCAUUUGUUUUUUUUAAUGCCAUUCUUCAAAAGCCAUAAAAAAAUAAGUCAUUGGAAACACUGUCAGUAACUUUCACACACUGAACACCUUCAAAUCAACAGUGGUUUCAUUUUUCCACAUCUGGACCUGCUGGAAGAUAAAAACGCUUGAAUUGAUAAAAACACAGUCUUGUUUUCAAUGUACUUGUUUUAAAAAAUCUGAUCAGGAAAUGUAUACUUGGCUGUUGAGAUAUAUGGAGUCCUUCAGUAUAGUGCAACUACUGUGGUUUGCAUGUUUUAUGUUGUUACAUCAACAUCUAACACAUAUACCUACACAAUAUGAACGAGUCUGGUUGUAUUGUAAAAUUCUAGUGCACUGAUAUGAAAACAUAUAUUUACAUGCAUGUUGCUUUUGCAUGUUAAUUAUUUAUUAUAUAUAUUUGUGUAUCACAGGUUGUCUAAAUUC